UUCACGCUGACACCAAGCGAACACUGGGCUCAUACACACACAUUCACAUACACUCACACGCAGGGCUCACUAUAUUAUCGACAGAUCCGCGUCAGGAGUACAGUCGUGGAGAGCACAUUGAAGUGUCUCAAAGCUUCUUCUGUGAGAGGAAACAAGAGGAAAACGCAGAAAAAAAAAAAGAAACAGAGGAAAUCCCCCGAAAGGAAAUGCCAAUCGCAGCCGCUGGACAGCCGACGACCCAGGAGCCUAGAGUUUGCCCCCGGCUGCCCUCCACCCCGGAGCCUGUCCCUAAAGGGGCUGAUUUAUUCGACGAGGCGGGGGCGGCGGAGUCGGCAGAGCGAACAGAGUACGGGGGCGCGGAGGGGGGCAGAGGACUCGGGGGCUAUAGUUACAGCCAGAGCGGCGCUAGGGGCUUUGUACAGCCCAGAUCCACCAACGGCUCUCCGCCGCAGUCCCCAGCCGCGUCCUCAUCUUUUCUCUUCCACUCCCUUCACCCUCACCAAAUGGCCAUGGAGCCCCCAAGGACUCGAUCGCGGUCCCGGUCAGGAUAUUACCAGCAGUACGGUGGUGGGAAUGGCACUGGAAUUACCGGCAGCGGAGUCAUGGGACCUAACCAUCACCACCACCAUCAGCAGCAGCAACAACAUCCACAGCAGCAGCACGGUGCCGGUUGCGCACCACUUGGAGCUUACAGCAACCACUCGGAGAACCUGCAGCGAGCUCCAGGAAGUAACGCCUCUCCCGGCAUUCAGAGGCUUUCUUCGGUUCCCGGAGCGCACCGCAUCCCGGCGGCAGGAGCCUCUGGCGGAUCCUACCACUGCCACCCAGACCAUGCAUUCGGAGAGGAGAGUGAUAAGAGUGAGGAAAGCCCCAGUCCAAAGCGCCAGAGGCUGUCCAGUCAGUCCGUCUUGGAACAACUAACCUCAUCCGCCCCCCCACCAUCCGCCCCAUCUCCCCCCAUCCGCCCAUGGGAGUCAGGACCCCCAAGUCGGAGACAGCCUCACCCCCACACACACUACCACCAGGAGAGAUGCCUCACCCCUGCUCGGCACAGGCGCAGUCCACCAGCAAGGCGCCAGCGUGGCCGUCUCGCCAGACCCACCCGUCACUUGCCUGCCCAUCACCACCCCUCCACCCAAGGCCCUGCACCGCGCUUGUCGCCAUCGGAACUCCAGGAUGAAAACUACCACCACAACCCCCAUCCCUCCACACACCAGACGUAUCCAACACACACGCCCAGCACCUACGGUCAGCCUCCCACAACUGGUGGUGGUGGGGCAGGUUCGGAGGAGCCUCGGGCUUUCCACCCCCCCACCUUGUCGCCACGUCUACUGCAUCCAGCUGCUCACCACCACCAUCACCUCCAUCAUCAGCAACAACAUCAUGCAGCGCAACAACAGCAAGGAGCCAUGGUCAUGGACUUGCACGAACAGCUGCAGCAGGGCAGUGUACCAGUCUCCUACACAGUGACCCCAGUCCCUCCUCACGGUCUCGCAGCACCUUUGUGUAGUGGUCAGCACCUUCCCCCUACCUGUUCCUCACAACAACAGGUCCCCGCCUGCAGUGUGGUCUUCAGCACUGGACAACACUAUCACCCGAUGCUACAGGCGUGUUCAAUGCAACAUUUGCCGGUGCCCUAUGCCUUUCCCUCACUGCUGUCCAGUGACCCUCAGUUCCUGCUUCCUCCUCCACCUCACCUUUCCCACCACCCGCCCCACCUCCCUACACCCGGACAGUUCCUGCCUUUCCAGACACAACAGCCUCGAUCGCCGUUACAGACAAUAGAAAAUGAGGUUGAACUUCUGGGAGAGCAGCUUUCAGUGGGUGGAGGCUUCAGCUACGCCCACCACCACCACCACCAUCACCAUCAUCACCACCAGCCUCCCUCCACCCUGCCGCCUUCCACACCGCUCCAGUUCCUCUCGCACCAUGACCCCCUGUCACAGGAGCUCUUUACAGUGCCCUAUCCCCACUUUAUGCCUCGCCGAUUCACAAGCCGGCGUUACCGCUCUCAGCAGGCUGUUCCCCCAUCACCCUACCAUCCCAGCUUCCUGCCUUACUUCCUGUCCAUGCUUCCUGUACCCCCGAAUGUGGCUCCCACUAUCAGUCUAGAGCUGGAUGUGGAUGAUGGAGAGGUGGAGAACUAUGAGGCCCUGUUGAACCUCGCAGAGCGUCUAGGAGAAGCCAAGCCCCGUGGUCUAACUAAGGCGGAUAUAGAACAGCUUCCAUCGUAUAGGUUCAACCCCAACAACCAUCAGUCUGAGCAAACACUGUGUGUCGUAUGUAUGUGUGACUUUGAGUCUCGUCAGCUCCUAAGGGUCCUGCCCUGUAACCACGAGUUCCACGCUAAAUGUGUAGACAAGUGGCUUAAGGCUAACCGGACCUGUCCUAUCUGUCGAGCCGAUGCCUCUGAAGUCCAGCGGGACUCUGAGUGACCUCUGACUUGUAUGAACACCCAACACCCACAAUCCCUGACUCCAUUUGACUCCCUUUUGGAUGCACCAACCAAUCAGUGAAAUUCUCUCCUUUAAUAGUGUGCCAUCGCUCACACAUUCUGCCACAUAACUGGGACCAGUGCUCCUUAAUCCUUCACUCUUUAUCCUCCAGGAUACAGAACAGUAUUUCUCAUCUGGGAUCAGCAUUUAGGGGUGUGGAAGCUUUCUACUGACUUGUGCUCACUUUAUUGCUGGACUUCCUAGGCCUUCUGUUUUGGACUACUACUCUGCCUUCUGCUCCCUUCUCCUUUCUAUGAAUGGCCUUUGCAACACACAGUGUCAUGUGCAGGUGGACAUAUGUAUGUGUAGUUUUUUUAAACUACGCGACGCGUUCAGUCUUCUACGAACGGACAGAGAAAAGACUGCUUUGAAAAACUUCUGUAUAGUUGUACUAACAAACCCUGAAAGAGAAUUGGCAGUCCAAAGAUUAUUUUCAUUUCAUUGUUUUUAUUCUGGUUAUGAUUAAGCAUUCACAUCUUGGCUUGCAGAGACUGUCAUUUUUACUAGACUCAUUUAUUACAGUUGAACCGAAUCAAUCCAUUUUAAUUUCUGUAUGUGUAUUCUUGCAUUCCUUAACAUGAGAGCAGUCUGUAUGAGAGUGAAACAAAGAUACUGUACACUGUGUGUCAAAGUGUGAGCGACUUUGGAACAGUGAAAAUAUACUUUAUUUUCUCUAGAUGUGUGUCUGGGUAUGGUGUGUGUGCAUGUGUAUGUGUGUAUAUGCGUGCGUGUGUUACUCUUCCUGUGGUAUUUAUACAAUUCAUGUGGUACCAUGUGUUGACUAAAUCCGAAAUCCUGUUUUUCCCACUCUCCUUCAGAUUGAUUUAACAUCAGACCUUCAUAGCAAAGACUUGCUCAGACAUCAAAGUUUAGGACCAGGAACAUUUACAGGGAAGUUAACACUGCUGUGUCAUGUUUCUUUGUGUUUAUGCCACAUCAUUAACACAAUCUACAACCUUGGCUCGGUCACUCCAUGCCUGCCCUUCCACAUUGUUAUUGUCUGAAGCAAGUAAAGGCUGAAGGCCUUUGAGGGACAUUUUUUUUUUUGUUAUACAAUAUUUCCUAACCACAAUGAAACAAAUCAGGACUAUCUCUGAGUCGACAUAUCCACUAAGCUCUCCUCCGAGGCUCAUUAUGUGAUUGCAGCUUGAUCUUACAGAGCUGACCAGGUGGAUGCAAAACCUUCAUUAAAAAUGUCACCGAAACUGUCAUUCAUGCUCAGUUUGCUAGUUUUCUUAUAGGAAUAAGGCCUUUGAGGACAUGUGUCUGUACCUGUCUUGGUACCCAAGCAGCGUUCUGUAUUUGUAGGCAGAUACAGAUGCAAUGUUUUCUCCAUCACUGACAGGGAACAACUUUAAAGAGACUUAUAAGGUCAUAGCUAAAUCUACUAUGUUUCACCAGACGGCGGAUCUGACACUUCAGCACUUUAAUAUGUAGAUUUAAGACCUACACAUUCUCCUUUCAUUGUGAACAAACAAACUGAUCAGUUUUUCAGUCAGUGUGUAAGUGAACAAAUGUUUGAAUGCAUUAAAAGCAAAUAUCUCCUCUUCAGCUUCUAGCACCUACAGUGUCCCAACAUGUCAACCCUUUUAUGUUGUCACUGCACAUCUGUACAUGUCCAGAGGCAUUUUUUUUAGGGUCUGUUUCUUAAUGAUAUUUUAUCUCUUUAAGGCCUAUGUCAGCAUGUCAUAAUGUAACUCCAAGAUGUUCACCUCAUGCACAGAGCAGGCUUUCUCAUGUAAUUUAUCACUAUUUAUCACAAAUGGUAUUUUGUGUCAAGAUGACAGCCUGGCAUAGGCCUUAGAGGGAUUGUGUUGUUGAGGUUGGUUGGUUGGUUUGGAAAGUUCAGCCAGGCAGGUGCAGUCUUAUAUCUGAGAUGCCUUCUAUAAAACUUCAUUUUUCAGGUACAGCUUGUAUCUGUCCAGUGUCACCACAUCAGACCAAUACAUUUGUUUAAACCAAUUUUAAAUGCAAACCAAGUGUAUCAGUGUCCAGGAAGAACGUUCAUUAUAUAACUCCUCUUCAGUGUUGUCAUUGUAUAAAGUCAUGUAAUAUCCAUGGGAAUGGAGGGAAAUUAUAUUUUCUGUCUGGUUGUGUUUUUCUUCCUUUGGGGUCAAAGGUCAUAUUUGUGACUGUAUGCAUCAAUUUUGUGUCUUAGGAUUGUUUUUGUGUCGGACAGUUUUCUGUUGCUUGGUACACUAGCAAUUACCUCAGUCCCACUAUUUAUGUCUUUUCGGAAAAUGGUGCAACCAGUAUGAUUAGUGCUUUUCGAGUCAUUUUGCUAAUGUUUUCCAUGCAAGUUAUUAAGUUGUUUAAAUAUUUUUCCUUUAAACUCUAUGAAACUCUAUCAUUAAAAUGGUGUUAUAGUAGUUUCAUCAUGUAUUAUAUCUGUAACCAAAAUCAUUUGAAGGCUUGUUAUGAUAAUGAAAUUUUUAACAAACAUUUGUACAUUUUGUAUGAGAGUUAUUACUAGUAAUACUUUAUUAAGUAGUGCAAUGAUUUUUUUAAUCCCUUACCCAUCUUUUGGAUUUCAAAAGCUGGUUCAAUAAUAAAUGUAUAAC